AUGAGAACAACAGCAAAUUUUCCUAUUUUUCUGCUGUUUCUUACAGCUUUAACCAGUACAAAUGACUCCCAAUUGGAAGCAAUCAAUUGCAAACAAUUUUCAACUUUGCAAUUAUUUCCGCAUUGCCACAUUUUUAUGAAUACAGAGGAAAACUCACAACAAACCAAAACACUAGAAAUAUAA